GCAAAAAAAAGGUUUUUUUCCCAGAGUAAAAUUUUAGGCCAAAAUAGAUGUGACUGGUUAAAAAAAUAUAACGGUUUGAGAAUACAAUGAGUGGACAUUGCUUUAGCUGUACCGACAAGUUUGGAAUAUUCAAGAGAGAGCAUGGCUGCAAGAGCUGUGGUUAUGCCUUCUGCAGUAAGUGUGUGAGUAACUCAAUAGUGCUGCCAAACCAAGGCACGAAGGAACAACAUGUGUGCAACAAGUGCUACCAGCGGCUCACAGCCCCACCUGUUACAAGCACGGACCAGGGGAAAAACAAGCACAUGAUGGAACCACCUGAAAAUUUCAAGAAGAGGAUAGCCGUCCUUGCUUCCAAGAACCAAAUGGGAACACAGGCUUCAGCUACCUCAACCUCUUUCUCUGUGAAUUCAAGGAAGAGGGGUCUUGUGAGAUCACAGGACGUGGAAAUCGCCGACAGACUAGAGAGACUCAAAGAAGACAGGAAAAAAGCAAGAGGUCGUACUCUAUCAACCGAAGAGAUAGAGGAUAGACUGCAGAGGUUGAAAGGAAAUGACCCUCAUUCUGCAUCAAGCACUGCUUCUUCAGUACCACCCCAUCAAGCUCCCGAUCAGCGCACACAGUUUGAGCAAACCAAAGACUUGAUGGAGCAGAUGAAGGAAGAGGCAGCCAUAGAUGCUAAGAGGGAAGGCAUGGAAAUAUCAGAGGAAUCUGCAGGUGGUGGAGGAACGAGCAGUGAGCAAAAUUUUGAGGAGGAGAUGAUGAAGCUGAUGCAAGACGCCCAGGAGGAGUUGAAGAAAGACGAGGAGGGUUUGAAACGAGAUGCAGAGUUAGCAGUGAGACUCGCCAAACUCAACACUAAAACAUCAGGUGGAGAUGGACCUAAAGGAGGUGAAGGUGCGGGCGUUGAUGAUGAAGAGGAAGAUGAAGAAGCUGCAACUCAACGACUUAUUAAACAGCUUUUAGAGGAGGACAAGUUAGAAGCAAGAAUGGGUGCAACUGGUUACUCGGCACAAGAUCCUCAGUCUCAGCCACUUCCUGCACAAAAGCCAUCAGGUGCUGAAGUUACCUCAGACCCAGACGAGCUCCCAUGGUGUUGUAUCUGCAAUGAGGAUGCCUCACUAAGAUGCCAUGGAUGUGAUGAGGACCUGUACUGCUCACGAUGCUUCAAAGAGGGUCAUGAUGGCUACGAUUUAAAAGACCACAGAACGUCGAAUUUCAGACCAAAAGCUGGCCGAAAGUGAUGACUUCAAAUUCUCAAGUAUAAACAAAAUAUCAACUUGUUUAUUCAUAAAGUGGCCUUGUGCAUUCCAUGGCAUGUCCUGGCAGCCAAAAUACUACACUGUUGAUAUAAGUUUAUUGACAUACUUUCAAUGUAAUUUCAGUUAUUGUAAAAACAAAACCAGGUUAAGCCCGGUUCAUUUCAGUUGUGUUCAACUCCUGCGAAACAUUUGCUGAGAAAACAGCCAUGUGACGUCAAAAUACGCUCGCAUUUGCAGUAAGUAUGAACCGGGCUAUACUUUGAUAUACAAACUCUUGGUAAAUUUGGCAUAAACUAUAGUGCUGGCUGCCCAGACCAAGAGCCGUGGUUGGUCAUAAUUUAGAGCUGGGGAAACGUUGUUGAGCUAGUGCUUUGGCCCAAUAUCAUAAAGCUGUCAAGCAGAAAAUUAAUUUCUUGGCUGAGCAAAAAAAUUACCGUUAACAGUUGCAAAAAUGACAACUGUAUUGCAUAACCUAGAUUUCCUAAGUCAGUACAUUCAUGGCAGUGCUCUCAGGUAUCCAUUAACUCCUUGCCAGUAAACACAAGUGUCAUGACUUGGGUUCGAACCCACUGAAAACUCACCCAUCAGAACUGAGUUUGAUGCUUGGAACUCAAUAUAAUGCAAUAUCAAUUAUAACUGUAAGUGAAUGGAACAAGUAAGAUAUUUCAAAGUAAAGAAACUGGAUGUUUUUUUCUGUGAAAUUUUAUUUUAACAUUUGCAAGCCAUGUUUACAAAAAUGAAAUAGCGAUGGAUAUAUGGCUUCUCAUUGCCUCUAACUGUACAUACAGCGAUGUUGGACUUAAAGAUACUGGACACUAUUGGUAAUUGUCAAAGACUAGCCUUCACAGUUGCUGUAUCUCAACAUAUGCAUAAA